GAUUUUUUUUUUUUUGAAAUGUUUGCUCAUCUUACAUACGCACGCAGGGUGUGUUGUGCAUAAAUCAUUGAAUUGAAAGUGUGCGGAGAAGAAAGAAAAAAUAAUAUUAAUAUAAAAAUUGUGCAUUAAUUUUUAAUUUGUAAACAUUAUCACUAAUAAUUGUAAUUGAAAAUAAUGGGUCUUAAAGGUUGUGAAGUGGUUUUAGAUAAUCCAUGGAAUACUUAUUAUGCUGGACAAACUGUUAACGGACAAGUGAAUUUGACAUUCGAUUCAGCGAAAAAAGUUCGAGGUAUAAUAAUACGCUUUUUGGGCGAAGCAAAUACCGAAUGGUCAGACACUCGACGAGUCACUAACAGCGAAGGCAGAGACGAAGAAGAGACUGUUACCUAUAAGGGUCAUGAAGAGUAUUUCCAAAUACAAUAUUACUUGCUUGGCGGCAAAAAUAGUGCUGAAAUUGAAUUACCUGCUGGUACUCACAAUUAUCCGUUCACUUGCGCUUUGCCGCCUACUCUACCUUCGUCGUUUGAAGGUGAAUUCGGUCAUGUACGUUUCACUAUUAAGGUUACCUUGGAUCGUCCUUGGAAAUUUGAUCAGGAUAUGAAAAUGGCCUUCACUGUUAUAGCACCAGUGGAUUUGAAUUUGAAUCCUCGCGUCAAAGAACCCUUUAAAUUGGAAUUGGAGAAAACGUUUUGUUGUUUUUGUUGCCGUUCAGGUCCGUUAUCCGUUAUAACUACGAUACCGGUUACAGGUUAUGUAUCUGGACAAGUUAUACCUAUUACAUGUGAAUGCGAUAAUGCCAGCAGUGUUGGCAUCACAACAGUCAAAUUCGUAUUAAGGAAGCGUGUUACUUUCCAUACGCAACAACCGCGUGCAGAAAAGAAAGAAUCAAAAAUCACAAUUGCUGAACUUGCAAUAGGACCGGUCGGGGCUAAUGAAUCUCGUACGUUUACGCAACAAUUGGAAAUACCACCACUGCCACCAACAAAUUUAGUAAAUUGCGGUAUCAUUGGUUUGGACUAUGAUUUACAUGUCGAAUGUAGUGUUAGUGGACCACAUCGUAAUUUAAGCGGCAAUAUUCCUAUAACAUUAGGUACUAUCCCUUUGGCUUCCUUUAAGCCGCCGGCUCCAUAUACGGAUGUGCCAGCUCAAGUACCUACACAGCCAGGUGAGGAUCCAUCAAUGGCACCUACACAACCCGUGAGUCCAGCUAGUCCUCCCAAUGGAGCGGGCGGCGCUUUGGGCUGGAAUGUUGCUGAUAGUGCUGGCGCUCAACUCUAUCCGAAUAUACCUCCUCCACAGUUCGUGGAGACGCAAUUCCGGGCUCCAAAAAUUAUCGGACGUGAUGACUCGGAGCAUACUAAGGUGAUAGGUGAUGCUUUCGCACCAAGAUAUCCAACGUUUCAAUUUAAUCCUAGUGCUCCACCCAUGCAUAAUUAAAAAUAAUGAAUUUGUUUCUCAUUUGUCAUUUUUUUUUUUUUAAGCGCACAAACUUAUUUGGUUUAAAAACCAAACAAUAAAGAUUUCCUUCAUGUUUAGAGAGGCAUGUAAAACCGUCCUUUUGUCUGUCUUGAUUAGUUAGUUAUCAGCUUCCCUUUAAUUCGAAUUUUAAAACAUUUAUUAUUGUAUAUAUAGAGACUUAAAUUUAAGCAAAAAUUUUAUUUUAUUAAAAUUAAAAAAUGAAAAAAAAACGGAAUUUUAAAAUCAGAUAAUAGCAUGUAACAUGUAUAGAACUUUUACUUUUAGUAAAAGCUUAGAUUAAAAAAAAAAAAAAAAUUGCGAUCAUCAUAUAACUUGUUAUUCGUUAUACUCUUUACUUUUUUUUCUUAUCAUAUUAAAUCACUUUUUUUUUUUAUCUAAUAUAAUAAUUCGAGUAAAUAUAUUAAGAAAAUCCUAUUAAAAUAAGUUCUUAAUCCUUAUAAGAUAUUAAGUCAAACCGAGUAGCAAUCUGAUGAUUUUCCAAAAUCGAAAACAUUUCGCAAAGACGAUACGAACUUUUUAAUAACGGUAGUUAGAAAGAAAAAGAAAAUUGAAGAAAGUAUUCUUCAAAUUGUGUUAUUGUUUGCAUAAAAACUUUUGAGACGUGACGAGAUGUGAUGAUAUAGAAGAUUUCAUACGGAUUUAAUUUACACAUCGAAGGCGAUCAUUGCUGGUUCCUAAAAAUUGUUCCUUGGAUCCGGGCUCCGUGCUACAUCCUUAUAUUUAAAUAAAAAAAAAAACCCUUCGAGGCAGGUGUAUAUGAUCAGGUAGCAGACGUCGUAUGAAUCCAGCUUACAAAUCGGAGAUGGUCAUUAUGCAUGAGUAUCUAAAAAUCGUUUCGAGCUAUAUCAUACAGUUAUUUAUAACAAUUCGAACUUUUUCACGCCGGAUCAAAUUUCUCGCUUAUCGUCACAGUAUCACAACAACUGUCAGUGAUACAAGGGCAUAUAUUGCCGGAUAUUGCCGUGAUAUUUGUAAACAUUGCUAUGGUUGACUGGAAACGUAAGGUAAAGAAAUUGGAACAACGGCAACCAAGGCAACGUUACAAUGCUGAAAAAAGAAUUUGAAAAGCGGGCACGUUGUUCGCACUUCUUUGAUCGGAGCCAAUGACGAAAUUAAUAAAAUUUUUUCUUUUCCUCUAAUAGAGCGAAAUUUCUAUUAAACUUCUCUACUUGAAUACUGUUUCUCGAGUAAAAUCGCUUCCUUCGCUUGGCCUUAAGUGCUGCUUCAUACAGGGGUAUAUAUUACCGGUUUAGCUCACAGAUCGCAGAGCUUUAUCUAGAUAAGAUAAUUUUUUGCAAUUAUUAUGUCCUUCUUGGGCUUAUGUAACUUUUUCAGCAGUGUUAAAGUAUUAAAGGCAACACAAAUUAAAGUAUAUAUGUACAUGAUAGUUUUUUGGAUUUAAUCCAUUUCAGUUGAAAUACGCUCCCAUUGAUGCUAUACUUUUCACAGAAACAAAACAGAUUUUACAGAUUUCAUUUUACUUUUUCUCUUUUACUACUUGCAGACUGGCUUUCAUACACAAAAUUUUCUUAUAAAAUUAUUUUUCUAGCUACACUUCAGUUCAUUUCCUUACCAUCAUUCAUGUUUCUUGUGGCAGCAUAUGUAUGAUGCCUUUCAUGGUACCUGUCUCCUGCUUGUAAGCUGAUUCGAAUGCGCUCAAUGCAUCUACCGAGUCAUACCGACGGUUUAUCAAAUUUGAUAAAUCGUAUUUGCAGUGAGCAGCUAUAGCAGAAGGAAAGCUUGGAAACCGAAGAAAAUGUCCAUAUCCAAAUGCCAAUAUAUAUAUGUAUACAAGUACUCGUGCACUUACUCAUUGCAGUAACGAAAGUUAGCCGUAAUCUCUACUUCUCGCAUCACAUCAUCCAUUAGGGGAAGGUUAGUAAAGUUAUCGGAAGCGAUACCUACCAAACAGCAAGUGCCACCCCAACCUGCCGACUGUAAUUAGAAAUUAAUAGCUUGUUCGAAUAUCUGCAUCAUUGCUUUCGUCUUUUUUUUGUUUUGUGAAACUUACGCGUAUCGAAUGACUCUUGCGAACCAAUUAAAGACUUUAUCGGGUAUGCAUCGCAUGCAUUCAUGAAUAUGAAUGUUUUGCGCGAUUUCAUUGCACUCCCUCCCAUCCUUAUCCCCUAAUGUCGUUGUCUUGCUUCCAAAUGCUUUAGCCAUUUCUAAACGAUGUUGAUUCUUGUCGGCGGCCAUAACUUUCGCAGCUCCAAAAAGUUGGACAAACAGUAGCUACACCGAUUGGAACUGCUACUGAAAUUAAUACAUUCGAACUUAAUUGAACUUUAGCUCGCCGAGCAGCAGAUACGCCCACGGUUAAUGGUUCACAGAGGACUCCCUCUUCCAUUGUAAGGUCAUCGGGCAGUUUGUGGCACAUAUCGGCGUCUUGUGUGAAGUAAUUUUGAAGUAAACCAUCUGUAGGCGGACACGAAUGAAAUUGCAUGAACGUGCACAAAUUGUAACGAUCACGUCGACAUAUUUCGCAAUCGCGACAAAAUUUGCCCGGUCCAAUUGUGACGUGAUCGACUGCCCGGAGAUUUUUUACUUUUCUACCUAAAUCGCACACCACACCUGACGUUUCAUGGCCCAACACCACCAGCCCUUAUUUCGCCCUCUUGCCAAUGAUGAAUACCUGAACCGGAAAUACCAACGCAAUCCGUAGCCAAUAGGACAUCUAAUAAGAAAAAGUUUAAAGAAAUAUUUAGUUUUUUUUUUAAAAAUCACUUCAAAAAUCUUACCUCUAGGUUCAAUUGCCGGCAUUGGUCUCGGUUCGAAUUUUUAAUCUUGUUUAGCGCAAAAAACAACGCUUAGGUUCUCCGCACUUGCUAUUCUUUUUUUGCCUAUUUUUGAACAAUAAUUUUUUUGAAAGUUUGAAAAUAAUUUCCGACAAUUUCUGAUAAUAAUUGCGGAUAACCGAUUUAGCAUGAUUAAAGAAUGAAAAAUUUCGCGUAUAUAAUGAAUAUUUGAAAAAAACAAGACUCCUUAAGAGAAAUUUUGAAAUU